GAUACACAUUGCAAUUACGAUUGCUGAAGCACCUGUGUUGCCUGGAAAUAUUUUGUUUAUCAGAGCUUCAUGUUUUAAUCCAUCGCAGGCUCAAGGUUAUUUAUAUUUUUUAAAAACACGCGCUAAUCGAAGUGCUGCCAGACUGUUGAUAAAGAGCGGUGUGGUGUAUCGUCAGCACACUUGCGAUGAAAUAUCGAUAGGGCAGCUACACAUGCAACUCUGCAUAAUAUAUCGGUGUGGUUCGUAUCGAUUAAUGGCAACAACCGAUGAGCAAGAAGAGGCAAUUUUUCGCAACGCGCAACAAAAUCGGUGUUAAAUUCUUAUAAAAAGUGUAAAAACCAUUUCACAAAUAGGCUCUAGAACAACUAAACAUUGAAAAUGUGCAACAAAAUGUGAUGUUUGUUAAACAGACCAACCGCUACGCGGCCAAAUUGCUAAUGCAAAUCUGACCCAUGAGCAAUGAGAGAGCGAGAGAGCAAGAGAACAUACAGCCAAGCACAGCGCGUCACAGAAAAAGUUCACGAAAUCAGCCAGCAACAGCAACAGCAGCAGCAGAGCAGCAGCAGCAGCAGACGAGACUUUGAAGACGUUGGAAUUUGUGUUGAACCCGCGGCAGCCCGACGGCGCUGCGACUGCGACUGCGACGGCGACGGGGACGUACACCUCCAGCAGUCAGCAAUCAGCAAUAACGUGAAACUGCGCGCAACAACAACAACAACAACAAUACAAAUAAAGAAGUGGGUGAGCGGAGGCAACAAUAAGAGCAAAACUGUGAUCUCUCAUCUGGCAAUUGUUCAAUUGGCUGUGCUUUGAAACGACAUAGAAUUUAUUUAAUACGCGUAUUUGUGAGCAUUACAAAUUGUUUGUUUAAUUUCCAAC